GGUCGGAACAAGAUUCAACUAUACCAGCAGAAAGUAUUGUUGAUGGAAAAGAUUUGACUACUCCAGUUCAAGAAGAGUUUUCUACCACUACUGUGGACAAGAUUAAACAAGAUGAUAUCUUAGAGACACCACCUUCUCCUGGUUCGUUACAAAAUCCACCUCCGCCUUACUCACAAUGGGAUCAACUCAGUUUAGAACAAUUACUUGAAAAGAGUAAAGAAGUUCUCACCAUGACUAACGGUGGUGAACAAAAGGACGGUAAAAUGCUUGACAAGGUAAGAAGUCCCCCUCGAGUACGUGCCAACAAUUUUCAUACUUUGAUGGCAUUUGCAUUUUUAUUCUCACUUGCUAAAUAUUUCGAUGAUCGCGAAAAGUCUCGUCUCGAAAUUUUUAAGCGGACAAAUGACGUAAUACUACCCUAG